UGCUCGAGAAUGCUCGAAUAUACAGAAUGAGCACCACAUAAAACAAUCUCUAUCUCAUUUUUUGCCUGUUUUUGCCAUAUAUUUUUUUUUUACAAUUAAAUACAUGUGUCUUUUAUUCAACAUGGCGACCGGUAAAACUAUUGCUUCAAUAUUUCGAUCUCGUAAUUUGUUAAUUAUUGGAAAUAGUAAAUCAGGAUUUAUUAAAACAAAUGCACCAAGACAAUGCGAUGGAUGUCGAAGACAAUUUGUAACACUUACAGUUGGAGCUGGAGCUUCAUCAUCAUACAGCAAUGACAAAUAUAUUAAAAAAAUACAAACAAUUAAUCGACAAUUUCAUGUAUCAAAUAGUCUAAGUGCACCAAAAAAAAGUUACUAUGAUAUUUUGGGAGUAGCAAGAAAUAGUUCAUCAAAAGAUAUUAAAAAAGCAUAUUAUCAAUUGGCUAAAAAAUAUCAUCCUGAUACAAAUAAAGAUGAUCCUGAUGCUAGAAAAAAAUUUCAAGAAGUAUCUGAGGCCUAUGAGGUGUUGAGUGAUGACACCAAAAAAAAAGAAUAUGAUACUUGGGGUGCAACAUCAGAACAAAUGGGAAUGGGUGGUGGUGGUGGAGGUGGUGGUUAUAAUGCUGGUAAAGCUGAGGGUUAUACACAUAAUUGGAAUUUUCAAACAGCUGUUAAUCCAGAAGAAUUAUUUAGAAAAAUAUUUGGUGAGCAUGGUUUUAAAACAGCUGACUAUGAAGAUUAUGCUGAUUCAAAAUAUGGAUUUGGUACAGCACAAGAACUUAUUAUGAACCUGACAUUUGGCCAAGCAGCUCGUGGUGUUAAUAAAGAAAUAAGUCUAAAUGUCGUUGACACAUGUCCAAAAUGUCAAGGUUCAAGAGCUGAACUUGGAACAAAAGCAAUUAAAUGUCAUCAAUGUAAUGGCACCGGAGCAGAGACAAUAAGUACUGGUCCAUUUGUAAUGAGAUCAACUUGUAGAUCAUGUCAUGGAUCAAGAGUUUAUAUUAAAUUUCCUUGUAUAGAAUGUGAAGGCAAAGGACAAAGUGUACAAAGAAAAAAAGUAAUUGUUCCAGUACCAGCUGGUGUUGAAGAUGGUCAAACAAUUCGUAUAGCAGUUGGCAACAAAGAAGUAUUUGUAACAUUCCGAGUUGAAAAAUCACGCUAUUUUAAACGUGAUGGUGCUGAUAUUCAUACUGAUGCUGAAAUAUCACUUGCACAAGCUGCACUUGGUGGUACAAUACGUGUUAAAGGUGUUUAUGAAGAUCAUACUGUUGUGAUAAAACCUGGUACAGCAUCACACAAUAAAAUACGUUUAAAUGGUAAAGGCAUGAAAAAAGUUAAUACCAUUGGACAUGGUGAUCAUUAUGUUAAUAUUAAAAUAACAGUACCAACAUAUUUAACUGAUAAACAAAAAGCUUUAUUAAUGGCUUAUGCUGAACUUGAAAAAAAUACACCAGGAACAAUUGAUGGAGUUACAACUAAAACAGAUGGAACAAAAGAAUGCUAUGAUGGUCCUUUAGAAUUAUUAAAACUGAUUCGUCAGGCUUUGAGUGACAUACCACUACCAACAUCAGAGGAUUUAAAAAAAUCCAUACCAGAUGGUCCUGGUGAUAUACCACAAACCAAUAAACCAUCAUCAGAAUCUAGUAAAGAUCAAAUUGAAAAAAAAGAAGAUAAUGACAUGAAAAUGAAACAAAAAAUUAAUUAAAUUUUAAGACUAGAAUUUUUUAAUAAAUUUAUUCCUUUCAUACAAAACAAAAAUAAUGAAAAAGAAAGAAAUGUUUUUAUAAUAUACACAAAUAAAUUGGCCAACAAUUAUUGUUAUUUCUAACGUUAUAAAUAAAUUAAAUUUAACCACGGCCAAAGACAAAGAGGACAAAUAGAAAUGGUAACAUAAAAAAAAAAAAAAAUAAAACUUACGUAUAGCAAGUUAAUCGAUGACAUGUUAUAACACGUAAAAAUUGAAUAAAUUGUUCUUAAAAUUUUAA